AUGAUGGGUCUCCCGGCCCUCCCUCGCAAGCUCCCCUCCCGCAAUUGGCUCAUCUUCUGGGCCGUCUCUUCGUCCAUUGCUGGCGCAAUCAUCUACGACAAGCGCGAAAAGAAUCGCGCGACAGCGAAAUGGCGCCGAGCUGUUGCGCCCCUCUCCAAAGAGCUGCUCCCCAAUUCGAGCCAGCUGCCCCGCAAACUUACCGUUUACCUGGAAGCCCCUCCUGGAAACGGCCUACGCACUGCUCAAGAUCACUUCAUCGAAUAUGUCAAGCCUAUUCUAGCGGCAUCGGGCCUCGACUGGGAGUUUGUUCAGGGCCGGCAGCAGGGCGACGUGCGAGCGGCUGUGGCCGAGAAGAUUAGGAGAUCUAGGAAGGCCACCGAGCGGCCAGGCGAAGAGUUGCCGCAAACAGAUGAAGCCAUUGUGGAACAGCAAAGGAAGAAGAUUGGGCUACCAGAGUACGAAGGCAUCAAGGGCGAUAUCGUCAUUGGUCGACACACUUGGAAAGAGUAUGUUCGAGGACUACACGAGGGAUGGCUCGGUCCCCUCGAUGCACCGCCAUUGCCAGUCGUCGAAACUUUCGAAGACAAACCCGAACCCGAAACCCCAUCCACAGAAGGCGACGGUGACAAGAAGCCCGAGGAUAAGAAGCCGGAAGAAGAAGAAAAGAAGGACAAGGACAAGCGACCACCGCAGCCUCGCCCUCACAACUCCCCCGACGACUAUCCCUCCGCAGCCCUCCCGGCCAGCAUCCCCGCCGAGUUCUCCCCCUCUAGUCCCAUCGCUUUCCCCCACCGCCUCGGCUUCCGUCAUACCUUUGUCCGUCUUGGCCGCUUCCUGACCCGCCGUCACCUGGCAGAUGACAUUGGCCGAGAGGUCGCCGCAGUGUGUUUCGCCGCCGCGCGAGACUGGCGCGAGGUCGAUGGCCAGUACGAGCAGCAGCUCGUCUUGAAGCAGGAAGAAGACGACUGGCCCAAGUUUGUCUGGAAGGACGAGCCCGAGCCUGUCGACGAGGCGGAAAAGGCCAAAAAGGCCGCCGAGCCGCCCAAGGAGAAGAUCUGGGCCUCGCCUCUGGUAGUCGACUCACGUAUCGUGGAACGAAUGCGCCGCUUCGAGAUUCAGCCUGAGGACGAGGCUCGCGCGCAGAAGAUUGUCGUUCCGGAGGCAGAGAUUGAGGGCUGGAUCAAGCGCAGCCUGAGGAGCUUGUAUCACUGGGGCGCCAGCUCUUUCGCCAGCAAGCCCAGAGGCCCUAAUGUGGGAAACUUGGAUGAUGAUUGA